GUAGAAAAAACGAAUAGCUAGAGAAAGAGACUGGUCACCGGACAGGGCUGAAACAUACGCCAGUUCAAUUUGAGCUACCUCCGAAGCUGAAGAAAGUGCAGUGUCGACGAUCAAUCCCUACGCCUCUACUGCAUAGUAGCACCUGCCACUGCCGGGCCAUGGACAACAGAAACGUCGUCGUCUGCGACAAUGGCACUGGGUAUGUAAAGUGUGGAUUUGCUGGAGAGAAUUUUCCCACCUCUGUAUUCCCUUGUGUGGUGGGAAGGCCCAUGCUACGGUAUGAGGAAUCUCUCAUGGAAGAACAGUUGAAGGAUAUUGUUGUUGGAGAAGCUUGUGCUGACUUGAGGCAUCAACUGGAUAUAUCUUAUCCUGUUAACAAUGGAAUAAUUCAGAACUGGGAUGACAUGGGUCAUGUUUGGGACCAUGCAUUUUUCAAUGAACUUAAAGUAGACCCAACAGCAUGUAAAAUUUUACUCACAGAUCCACCUCUUAAUCCUUCAAAGAAUCGUGAAAAAAUGGUUGAGACCAUGUUUGAGACAUAUAACUUUGCCGGUGUCUUCAUCCAAAUCCAGGCUGUUUUAACAUUGUAUGCCCAAGGUUUACUGACAGGAUUAGUCAUCGACUCUGGUGAUGGUGUCACUCAUGUGGUUCCUGUUGUUGAUGGCUACUCAUUUCCUCAUCUGACUAAACGAAUGAAUGUAGCUGGUCGGCACAUUACUUCCUAUCUUGUUGAUUUACUUUCACGGAGAGGGUAUGCAAUGAAUAGAACUGCUGAUUUUGAGACUGUAAGGGAAAUCAAAGAAAAACUCUGCUAUAUAAGUUAUGAUUACAAAAGGGAGUAUCAAUUGGGACUUGAGACCACAAUCCUUGUUAAGAACUACACUCUACCAGACGGAAGGGUGAUAAAAGUAGGCACUGAGCGAUUCCAGGCACCUGAGGCCCUUUUUACACCGGACCUUAUAGAUGUAGAAGGUGAUGGGAUGGCCGAUAUGGUUUUUCGCUGCAUCCAGGAAAUGGAUAUUGACAACCGAAUGAUGCUCUACCAGCAUAUAGUAUUAAGUGGAGGGAGCACCAUGUAUCCUGGUUUACCUAGUCGCCUGGAGAAAGAAAUACUGGAUCGCUAUCUUGAAGUUGUUCUUAAGGGAAACAAAGAUGGUUUAAAGAAGCUGCGAUUGCGGAUUGAAGAUCCACCACGGAGAAAGCAUAUGGUCUACCUUGGAGGUGCAGUACUUGCUGGAAUUAUGAAGGAUGCUCCAGAGUUCUGGAUUAGUAGGGAGGAUUAUCUAGAAGAAGGAACUGCUUGUCUCAACAAGUGCGGUUAAGCAUUAUUGUCAUUAUUAUUAUUAUUUUUAUUUUUGAAGGUUUUGCAGCGUCUUUAUCCGUCUGUAAAUCUACAAUAUAUCAUAUAGAAGGGUGUUUGAGCUACUAAAAAGGAUAAUGUUCAUCCUGGAUAAAGUACAAUGCCUGGUAUGAAUUGGAUCGCUCAUGACAUGUUUCGUUCGUAACAACUACAGCUUCAUUGUGUUUCAUUCCUCUGACUGGCAAAACGACAUGAUCACAAUAUUUUCAGACAAAUGGGAAGCUAUCCUGAUUUCUUUCAGCUUAGGUAUGACUAAGAUGAGCAAUUGAUAUGCUGUUAUGAAUUGUUGAAUAAAUAUGAACAUAAUGCAGGCUUUGUUUGUUUCGUAAAGAAUAUAUUUCAUAUUUUCCAUUGUUUGA